AUGAAAUAUUUGUUACUUGUAAUUUUUUAUCUAAGUUCGUCCUGGACUCUCUGCUACUUUGAGAUUAAUCUCCACAACCUGGAGUUUAAUUCAAACAUAAGGGUCAGGAAACACCUAGGGUACACUUUGGACACUACCAUUAUCACUUCGAUUGGCAGGGACAAAAUUAACAGAAUCUUGGACAACUGCAUCGUUGUUUGGACUGGCGCCGGCAGUGAGGGUGUCGUCGAGAUUUUUUUGCGUGAGAAGAAUGGAAACCACCUCAUGAUGGAGAUAUACUCUGUGAAUCAGGACGAUGUGCGCAAGGACUACCAUUUCGUGUUCACUCGCAGGUGCUGGCUGAGGACUAGUUUCAUUCAGUACCAGAAUUUGCUUAGGGACCUACGGCUCUAUUCUCGUCCUAUUAACGAGGCUUUAGGGGUUGUUGAGGACGAUUACGAUGCCUAUUCUGAGUUCGACCGUCUUUUCAGUAAGAUUAAUAAUUUCAUUUUUACAAUUCACUUAAUUUUUACAGGUUCAUUGCACACUGUGGAAAGAGAUGACGAAAGUGAAGAGGAAGCUGCGAUAACCAGAGUUUGCUGUUCUGCUUUUAGCUGGUUAGCGUGA